UGUCCUAAAAUUUGACCUUUUAUCACCUAGAAUUGGUGCACGAGAGUUAAAGAGGUCAACUUUUUAGGACUAAACAGUCAAAAUAAGAAACUUACGGACUAAAAUACCAUUUUAAUCUAUUAGUUACUCAUCAUAGAUAAAUAGGAGUAAUAACAUUAGCAUUAUCCUACGUAUGUUGUCUUGUCUGAUAUCUGAGCCCUUCGUUUGUUCCCUCCAAUGACCAGCGCUUGCAGCAACAACCCCCUCAUCUCCUCUUCCUUCCUUCUCCAUUCUCUCAAAUCUCCAAAUGUAUCCAUUUUCUUCCCCAAAUUCUCCAACCCAAUUUCAUCAAUUCCCUACAUUCAAAUGAACUCCAACAACAAAUCACCUAUAGGAAAUUCCAAGAAUCCCACACAAAGAAGAAGUAAAAGUCCAGGAAAAUACAAACCCAGAUAUGGAACUUCAAGGAAAUCAACUCUGAAGAAAAGUUUGAGUCAAGAACAAGUUAAUUUCACUAAACCAAUUCCUGAAGAUCCUGUGGUUGGUAUUAUUGGAGGUGGCAUGUCUGGCCUUGCCUGUGCUCUUUACUUGGAGAAAAGGGGCAUUCGCUCCACUGUUUUUGACACGGGAAUACAUGGGUUGGGAGGAAGAAUGGGAACGAGAAUGAUUGAUCAUCAGCCUUUGAUAUUUGACCAUGCAGCUCAGUUCUUCACGGUGACCAACCCGAAAUUUGUCGAGCUAGUUGAUGACUGGUUGAAGAGGGGUUUGGUUCGGGAAUGGCAGGGUACAAUUGGCGAGCUUGAACUUGGUGGGCAUUUUGUUCCAUUUCCUUCUUCGCCUCCCAAAUAUAUAGGGGUCAAUGGAAUGCGCCCACUUGCGGAUUCAUUACUAUCUCAGACUUCUUUGGUCAAUGUGGUACGCCCUUGUUGGGUAAGUACACUUGAACCAUUUAACGGGACGUGGCACUUGAGUGAGAAGGAAAAGCCUUGUGGGCAGUUUGAUGCAAUUGUCAUUGCACAUAAUGGUAAAAAUGAACCGGAAGGGUUACGGGUCCAAGGGGCACUUGAGUGAGAAGGAAAAGCCUUGUGGGCAGUUUGAUGCAAUUGUCAUUGCACAUAAUGGUAAUUAUUUUCAAUUUUCUAGUAGUUUUGCCUUUUUGAUAGUCUUUUCUUUUGCAAGAAUUAGCGAAUUUUUAAUAUGCUAAAUCAAACCCUCAUUUAGUUUAUCUCUUUCAUUUCUUCUGUCUAAGGGCACAAUAGUGAGGUGGUGGUGAAAGACAAAAUGCUCCUAUUUCCUGUCCUAUAUUUCAUAGCCUUCCCUCCUCAUUGCUAUGGUCAGGAGUUGUUGAAGUAAACCAAUUUGUUCUCGUCCACAAUAAAAUUAUUUUACUUCUUAUCACUAUAUUAUGUGUGUUUUCGGGUUUUCAACUUAUAUGUAAUAGAAAACCAGAAAACUGUCUCCCUGUUUUUUUUUUUUUUUUUUUUUGGUGAUCAAGUAAAUUAAUCUUCCUGUUUCAUUGAAAAUAAAUGAUAUGAGGUUUUACUCAUAUUGUGUCAGAGGAAUACAUAUGUCAUCAUGAUGUCGUAAUCAAUGAGGAGUGGAGGCAUUCUUAGAUUGUUUCCAUUAUACAAUAAAAAGUAGAAGUAUAGAUAUCUUAAAAGGUUUGUGUGUAAGUUCUAGGUGUUUAACUUGAGAAAAAAGGUGACCGGCCGGUUUCCAAUCCGGGUCGGUUACCGAUUUUUUCAAACCGGGCUUAACGGGUCCGGGUUCAUCUAGGUAAACAAUGAACCGGAAGGGUUACGGGUCCAAGGGGCACUUGAGUGAGAAGGAAAAGCCUUG